AUUUACUCAGACAUCAUGAAGACCAUCGCAGUUCUCCUCUCAGUUGUCGCCGCUGCUGCGGCUUUCGAAUCCUGCGGCUGUACCUUUGAAUACAGGCCAGUCUGUGGAUCUGAUGGUCUUACCUAUGGAAACUUGUGCAGCUUGAAGUGCGAACAGCGUACAGAUUCCACCCUGACUUUGGCCUACCAUGGAGAAUGCAAACCUGUAUUCGAAAAGCUGUGCUUCUGCACCGAUGAUCUCCGUCCAGUUUGCGGAACCGACGCCGUCACUUAUGAUAACCAGUGCCUGUUGGGUUGCGCUCGUCACACCGACGCCUCCAUAUAUGUGCUGUACGAAGGUGUUUGCAAGAAGGAUCAGAAGCCAGUGGCAAUAUGCACCGACGAAUACGUACCAGUCUGCGGAUCCGAUGGAAUCACCUAUGGCAACAAAUGCGACUUCGAUUUAACCAGGCGCACCAACAAAGAUCUCUACAUCGUCAAAUACGGAGAAUGUUAAAUUAUUUAUACCAAAUAUAGUUUUAAUCUGAAUAAAAGAAAACCUGAAAAAAACGCACUUU